CACCGUGUUUCCGGGCAGAUCGGUGUUCUGUCACAGAGCAGACAUGGCGGAGUACAGCCAGGCGGGCCUCCUGGCGGCUCUGCUCCUCUUCUCGGCCCUCACGGUCUGGGACAUUUACCUCGGCAGAACGAGCCCGCAGCGCGGACACCAGCAGGCCGACAGCCCCGGCUUCUCUCCGGACACCCUGCCGGACACGGAGCCCGGGAAACCCGCCAAACCCUCCCUGUACACCGGGCCCACGCUCAAGUUCCAGUACUGUAUCUCCUGAGGUUACAGCAAAGUGUUCCAGGAGUACUCACGAGCCAUCAGCCAGCUGUACCCGGACAUCCGCAUCGAGGGAGAAAACUACCCCCCCACUCCCUUCAACAGGUUUUUCGGUAACCUCAUCUCCUACCUGAAGCUCCUCUCCAUCCUGCUGAUCGUCAGCGGUCAGAACCCCUUCGUCCUCCUCGGCCUCGACACUCCCAGAGCCUGGACCUGGAGUCAGGACAACAAGAUCUUCUCCUGUCUGAUGGCCUUCUUCCUCUGUAACAUGAUGGAGACUCACUUCCUGUCUACAGGAGCCUUCGAGGUCACUCUGAACGACGUCCCUGUUUGGUCGAAGCUUCAGUCGGGUUACGUCCCGAACAUCCAGGAGAUCUUCCAGAUCCUCGACAACCACCUGAAGAUGAACCAGGUGGAUCCCAUGAGCUUCUCCUCCACUUAGAGCCACACUCACAGGUGCGCUGCGUUCAGGUGUCCAGGCUCAGUGGUACGUUCAGCCGCUGGCGUUCAUGAAGGUCCGGCCCUAAAGCAGACUCUGCGGGGCCUGGCCGGAUGUCCCCCGCCACGAAAAGAGCGUCCCCUCUGCGCCAGGUCACAGAUCAGCUCUGUACCCACAAUGCACCUGUCAGCACAGGUGCAGUCAGCUGUACGCACAGACUGACGACUCGACUGGACUCUGUUUGAUUGUAUUUAUUUAGUUUGAGGUUCAGAACUUAAGUAUGGUACCACUGUUAGCUUCAUGCUAAUUAGCCUCCGUCUGGACAGGAAGUCGCAGACAGGAAACUGAAAUAAAGAUAAAAAUCUGAUUAUCGUCACUGUCAGUUGUUUUUUAAUGAAUGUCGUCUGUAAAAUGUCUGAAACAAUAAAACUCAUCACAAGUUUCUCACACGGAACUUUUAAUGUGGAAA